AUGAAUCCAAAUCCUUCAGAGUCGUCUCCCCUCCUCCGCCAUGGAAAGCCUACCUCCCAAACCAAUUCCCAAGCUGCGACUGCCCAGCGAUCCAAAUCCGUAACGUUCAGCCCAACGACCAGGGGCGAGUCGGCGUACGAAGCGCAAGAUGCUGUCAAUCAGCUUAAACCGCUGCAUCCUAGUGCACCUCCAAUCGUAAGGGGCGCUGCCGGGCAACCUGUGCUGGCUGCGCUUAACAGCAAGCUCCGUCGUCGACACAAUCAAGAACCGUCACUAGGAAUUGCAGGGAAACCACAUGCGUUGCCGAAGAUUGGUCCCCAAAGAACGACGAAAACUACACAGAAGCUCAAGCUUCUGCCAAACCCUGUCACAGGCGAAGACGAUAUAUGGAUCGACGAUGAGAUCCCGAGGGAUGUCUACUCUCAGAUAACAAGGAUCAAGGAGCCGACAGCAAGAAGAGAUGCGGCGAGACUGGGUAAAGGAGACAGGGAGCGCCUUCCUCGAGUCACGGCAUACUGCACUGCCAACUCAUACAAGUUGGAGAGUGUGAUCAGGUUCAUGAAGUCGAGAGCGGCGACAAGAGGCACGAACCCCAAACUUUUCGACGAGUGUGUCUAUUCGCCUUAUCGUUAUGAUGACGAAGAUAAGAUGAAAGCUCCACGCCGAUGGAGUGACGGAAUCGCCCAGUCCUCCCUAAUACCAGACACUAACCCACGCUCCCAACUUGACCGCGGAUUCUCAGACAGCGAGUUAGAAGUCGAAACUCAUAAGAAUCAGGAAAGAGAGAAUCUUCUUGAUAUGCAUGUGAACAGCGACGACCACCUUCAGUCUUUCUCUCCCCCGACAUCGCCCCGUGCCCUAAUAGCAGCACCUCUACCUGACGAGCCUCUCAUUUUAGACACAGCAAUUGAUACACCUGAAGUGUUCUUAUUUGAUUACGGCACCGUAGUAAUAUGGGGUAUGACCGUCGAACAAGAAACUCGAUUCCUAAAUGAAGUAUCUAGGUUUGCAAAUUCUGUACUGAGUGCAGAGGAUAUGCAAGUGGAGAACUUCAACUUCUAUUACACCCGUGACUAUCAGGCUCGAAUAUACAACGAUUUCAUCUCGUUACGCGACCCGCGAAGUUACAUGACAAAACUAGCCAUCUCGCAUGCGCUGUCACAGUCCGUCAAAACGUCCCUUUUCGAGGAUUUAGUCAGUGAAACAAUCACGGCUACAUCACCGUUACCAUCUCAGAUUGCUCAGACAGGUGGCGUGAACCUUACUCGAAGACAGAUAAAUAUGCAGAUCGGUGAGCUCUUUAUACUUCGCAUAAAUAUUCAUCUCCAGGGGUCUGUGCUUGAUAGCCCUGAACUUAUGUGGACGGAACCUCGACUUGAUCCGAUUUAUCAGGCUGUUCGAAGUUACCUGGAAAUGAACCAGCGCGUGGGAUUGCUCACCGAGCGUCUAGACGUUAUUGCCGAUCUCCUUGCUGUUCUCAAAGACCAGUCAAGUCAUAGACAUGGGGAGUACCUUGAAUGGAUUGUGAUUAUUUUGAUUGGAGCGGAGAUCGUCAUCGCAGGGAUAAAUAUCAUUGUCGAUUUAUAUGCAGGUAUCGAUUAG